AUGUACAACAAAAGCUAUAGCCAAUGGCACCAACUUCUCUACCCGCCUCCGUCUCUACAUGCCUCCGUCACUACACGUCCUCGUCACCACAUGCCUUCGUCUCUACACGCCUUCGUCUCUACACGCCUCCGUCUCUACACGUCCUCGUCACCACAUGCAUUCGUCUCUACACGUCCUCGUCACCACAUGCCUUCGUCUCUACACGCCUUCGUCUCUACACGCCUCCGUCUCUACACGUCCUCGUCACCACAUGCAUUCGUCUCUACACGCCUUCGUCUCUACACGCCUUCGUCUCUACACGCCUUCGUCUCUACACGCCUUCGUCUCUACUAG